ACUCCGCGCCGGCCACACAGCCUGAUGAUUACCACAACUACCCUCCGCUGGACUCGCCUGUGCCACCGCCACGGCUCCACCAGUCCAGUGCCACUGUGCCAGUCCACCACCGCGCUGCCACUGCUCUCCCUCUCUCUCGUCCGCCGUGGAUGCUGCUGCUAGUGCUCGUGAAAACCAGAGCAGCGCCUGCCGGCCCCAAUUUCCCAGGAUCCUCCCGCCCGCGGGCACCGCGAGUUGCCGUCUCUGAUCUGGAACAAGAUGAAGCUAGUUUUCUGGCAUUGGUUUUGGCUAUCCUUCAUGUUAUUACUUUGGUCAUCACAGGGUUUGAGUUCAGAUGGCCUAGCUCUUCUUGCUCUGUCCAAAAGCCUCAUACUGCCAAGUUCCCUAAGGUCCAACUGGACUGCUUCUGAUGCAACUCCUUGUGCAUGGAACGGUGUUGGCUGCAAUGGAAGAAAUAGAGUGAUUUAUCUCGACCUAUCAUCCUCAGGGAUUUCAGGUUCAAUCGGACCUGAAAUAGGGCAUCUGAAAUACCUGCAGAAUCUCAGUUUAAGUGCUAACAACAUAUCUGGUUCGAUCCCUCCAGAAUUGGGCAACCUCAAGAAAUUGUCAUUACUAUCACUGUACCAAAACUCUUUGAGUGGAACAAUACCAUACGAGUUGUUCAGGAACCAGUUACUGGAGAAAGUGUAUCUCAAUUCCAAUCAGCUCACUGGUCUGAUACCCUUCUCGGUUGGUGAAAUGAUAAACCUUAAGUCAUUAUGGUUGAAUGAAAAUAUGUUAUCUGGAGUUUUGCCCCGUUCAAUCGGUAACUGCACCAAGUUGGAGGAGCUCUAUCUCCAUGAUAAUCAACUCAGUGGCAGUCUUCCAGAAGCCUUGAGUGAGAUUAAAGGCCUCAGGAUUUUGGAUGCCACUAACAAUCGCUUCACAGGCAAGAUCUUGUUCAGUUUUGAGAACUGCAAACUAGAAAUAUUCAAUUUGUCAUUCAAUAAUAUAAAGGGCGAAAUUCCAGCUUGGCUAGGGAAUUGCAUGAGCUUGCAGCAACUUGUAUUUGUCAGUAAUAAAAAAAAAAGUUUGUCUGGUACAAUUCCAACUUCUCUAGGCUUAUUGAGAAACCUCACACAUCUUUUUCUUUCUCAGAAUUCCCUGUCUGGGCCAAUCCCACCUGAGAUCGGUAACUGUCGGUUGCUGCAGUCGCUAGAGUUAGAAGAUAACCUGCUGGAUGGCACUGUUCCUGAAGAGAUCGCAAAUUUACUGAACCUGUCAAGGCUAGUUCUGUUUGAGAAUCAUCUAACGGGAGACUUCCCUGAGAAUAUUUGGAGUAUCCGAACCCUCGAGAGUGUCCUUAUUUAUAGCAACAAAUUCACAGGGAAGCUUCCUUCAGUGUUAGCUGAGCUGAAGUCCCUAAAGAACAUCAAACUGUUUGAUAAUUUCUUUUCUGGAGUUAUACCACAGGAGCUGGGUGUUAAUAGCCCCUUGGUCCAGAUAGAUUUCACAGAUAACAGAUUUGUUGGUGGUAUCCCACCAAACAUUUGUUCAGGAAAAGCAUUGACAAUUUUGGACUUGGGGUUUAAUCAUCUCAACGGUAGCAUCCCAUCCAAUGUUGUGGACUGCCCAAGUCUGGAGCGAAUCGUUGUCAAAAACAAUAACCUUGAUGGGUCUAUUCCGCAAUUUAUAAACUGUGCAAAUCUACGUUCUAUGGAUCUGAGCCACAAUUCCUUGAGUGGUAACAUUCCAUCAAACUUCAGCAGAUGUGCAAACAUUACUGAUAUAAACUGGUUAGAGAACAAGCUUUUUGGGGCAAUACCACCUCAAAUUGGAAACUUAGUGAAUCUGGAAAUACUUGACCUCUCACACAACAUAUUACAUGGUUCAAUCCCUGUGCAAAUUUCCAGUUGCUCCAAGUUGUACUCACUUGAUUUGAGUUUUAACUCUUUGAAUGGUUCGGCCCUCGGCACAGUAAGCAACCUGCAGUUUCUGAAAGAACUACGAUUGCAAGAGAAUAGAUUCAGCGGAGGCUUGCCUGAUUCUCUCUCACAAUUGCAAAUGCUUACUGAGCUACAGCUUGGUGGAAAUAUUCUUGGGGGUAGUAUCCCUUCAUCAUUAGGACAACUGGUGAAUCUGAGUAGAACCUUCAACCUUAGUAGCAAUGGUCUAGUGGGUGAUAUUCCAUCACAGCUGGGUAAUGUGGUGGACUUGCGAAGCUUAGAUUUGUCAUUUAAUAAAGGAGGCCUUGCUACAUUGAGAAGUCUAGGCUUUUUUCAGGCCUUGACUGUUUCUUACAACCAAUUUAGUGGACCAGUCCCAGAUAAUCUUCUGAAGUUUCUGAGUUCCACACCAAGUUCUUUUAAUGGAAACCCAGGCCUCUGUAUCUCUUGCAACACUAGUUAUUUUUCUUGCAUGGGAGCUAAUGUUUUGAAACCUUGUGUUGGGUCAAAGAAGAGAGGAGUGCAUGGCCGAUUCAAAAUUGUUCUCAUAGCUCUUGGUUCAUUAUUUGUGGGAGCAGUUCUAGUACUUAUACUCUGUUGCAUCCUUCUGAAAUCUCGAGACCGGAAGAACAGUGAGGAAGCUGUCAGUAGCAUGUUUCAACAUUCCUCAUUUAAAUUAAAUGAGGUUAUAGAGGCUACUGAAAAUUUUGAUGACAAGUAUAUCAUCGGUACAGGUGCUCACGGAACUGUUUACAAGGCAACACUGAGGUCAGGAGAUGUUUAUGCUAUAAAGAAACUUGUGAUUUCUGCACACAAAGGUUCAUACAAAAGCAUGGUUAGAGAACUGAAGUCACUAGGUAACAUUAAGCACAGAAACUUGAUAAAGCUGAAAGAAUUUUGGUUCAGAAGUGAUAAUGGAUUCAUACUGUAUGAUUUUAUGGAAAAAGGUAGCCUUCAUGAUGUUCUGCAUGUAAUUCAGCCAGCACUAGCUUUGAAUUGGUGUGUGAGGUAUGACAUAGCUCUCGGUACUGCCCAUGGGUUAGCAUAUCUUCAUGAUGACUGCCGCCCUGCUAUCAUUCACCGUGAUAUCAAGCCAAGAAAUAUACUGCUGGACAAGGACAUGGUGCCACAUAUUUCAGAUUUUGGCAUUGCAAAGCUCAUGGACCAGCCUUCAGCUGCUUCACAGACCACUGGAAUCGUUGGCACCAUUGGAUAUAUGGCCCCAGAAUUGGCGUUUUCCACAAAGAGCAGUAUGGAGUCUGACGUGUACAGCUACGGCGUGGUGCUACUGGAGCUGCUCACCAGGAGGACGGCUGUGGAUCCCUCGUUCCCGGACAACACGGACAUAGUCGGCUGGGUGUUGUCCGCGCUGAACGGCACCGACAAAAUCGAAGCCGUCUACGACCCGGCCCUCAUGGAGGAAGUCUUCGGCACGGUGGAGAUGGAGGAGGUGCGGAAGGUCCUGUCGGUGGCGCUCCGGUGCGCGGCCAGGGAGGCGAGCCAAAGGCCCUCCAUGGCCGCCGUCGUCAAGGAACUGACGGACGCGCGGCCUGCCGCUGCCAGCGGCGGCGGCCGGUCGUUGUCCAAGUCGAAUCAGGGGAGACCGGGAUCGCAAUCCUACAGCAGCGCAUACUAACGGUGACAAUAGGAUUUGAUUCUGCCGAGCUGCUCGGAGGCCCCCCCGACUUGCUGAAUCUGUACCCUUCUAGGUAUCCUCGCUUGGUAUACAUCCAUGAUUGGUUAGAUCACAACGCUCAGUUUUAGUUUUUUUUUACAGCAAAACAUUUGUACGAUUAGUUGUAAUUGAAAUGAAAUAGAUGAGGAGAGAUGUUCGGCUCGUGUGUUAAGGGUGUGUUUGAGGAGAGAUGCUUUGGCUUGUGUGUUGGGUCUGUUUGGAUGCAAGGAUGAGAGGAUCGGGUUGGAAUGACUCUAUGACCUACAGUGUUUGGUUACGAAGGGCGCUAUG